CCCGCCCCGGCCCUUCCCCCGUCCCGCCCCCCGCCGCGCCCCAGCCGCCGGGUUAGCGGCCCAGCCUCAUUCAAACGCAGCGCCCGGUACGCCCGCCGGCCGCAGAGCUAAGGAAGAACAGGCUUGCUGUUGAUAGAGCGUGUUGACUGGAAGCAUGUUGGCAACCAAGCUGUCCCGGCCUCUCCUGAACCUCCCUGUAAAAACCCUGAAUUUCAAGAAUCCAGGGAACGGCUUCAGACCUGCACAAAAAUUUUGCUUCCCUCUCUUGUCAUCAUGUGGCCGCCGCUCUUAUGCGAGUGAGGUUGAUCAGAUUGGCAGCAGAGCUGUGCUUAUAACAGGUUGUGACUCUGGGUUUGGAUUUGCCUUGGCCAAGCACCUUCAUGCCAAAGGCUUCAUUAUCUAUGCUGGCUGCCUGCAAAAGAAUAAGGGAGAGGGUGGCUCCAAGGAGCUGGACAACAUGAACAGUGACCGAAUGAGGACUGUGCAGCUCAAUGUCUGUGACAGCAAAGAAGUGGACCGAGCAGUGGAGCACGUGAAUAGCAGCCUGGAGGACCCGGAGAAAGGGCUCUGGGGGCUGGUUAACAAUGCUGGGAUCUCCACGUUUGGGGAGGUAGAGUUCACCAGCAUGGACACCUACAUGGAAGUAGCUGAAGUGAACUUGUGGGGGACCGUGCGAACCACCAAGGCUUUCCUCCCACUCAUCCGGAGGUCAAAGGGUCGUGUAGUGAACAUCAGUAGCAUGAUGGGUCGGAUGGGCAGCCCUGCCCGGUCACCGUACUGCAUCACCAAGUUUGGUGUGGAAGCCUUCUCUGACUGCCUGCGGUACGAAAUGCAGCCCCAGGGGGUGAUGGUCAGCAUCGUGGAGCCUGGCAACUUCAUAGCUGCCACCAACCUGUACAGCCCCGAGCGAAUCAAAGCCAUCGCCGACAAAAUGUGGGACGAGCUCCCCGAGAUAGUGCGCAAAGACUAUGGCAGAAAGUACUUUGAUGAGCAGGUCAGCAAGAUGGAGACAUACUGCAACAGCGGCUCGACAGACACCUCCCCCGUCAUUGAAAGCGUCGCCCACGCGCUCACCUCCACGGCCCCCUACACUCGCUACCACCCCAUGGAUUACUACUGGUGGCUGCGCAUGCAGAUCAUGACGCACAUGCCUGCAGCCAUUUCAGAUCGGCUCUAUGUCUAUUGAGGCCUCACACUCCUAGGCUACCCCGGGGCGGGGGGAUUUUGUUUUAAGGAGAGCAUUGUACACAAUUCCCUUUUUUUAAAUUUUUCUAACCUCAUUUCAGAGUACUGUAGCUCUAAAGGGUUCAUUUAACCAUCUGACAUAACCUAAAGGGCAAUGACUUACAAGGGAUGCUUCAUAGGCAGGAAUGUAUUAUGUUUGCAGGGACAUUGUUUCUUUGCUAUUUAUUUCAUGUGAUCUAUUUUUUUCACCUCAAAUGCCAAGUUAAAAUCAUUAUUUAAAUUGCAAUUGCUCUGAAAUGGUAUCAAAAUAAUUUCUGCUGUUGAUCAUCUGCAAUCUUCAGAAUUCCUGCUUAAGACGCAGCCUUCACGCCAUAUAGCAGAGGCCCUCCAUGCUGUAGCAGCAAACCACCGCCUCCUGAUGACUGUGAGUGUCCAGCAGGCUGUUUUAGGCCUGGUCACGGUAGCCUAAAGCAAAGCAGAGGCUUUUUUAAUUUGGGGAUCAGAACUCAAAACACAGUGUUGAAACCAAGCAACUGACCGUAUCCCUUUAUCUCUUAGAAUUAUACCAAGAAUUACUAGAGAAAUGAACCGGUCUGCUUUUCUUGUGUGCUUUUUUGCAAAGGAAAGAGUUCAGUGAUCCAGGCACUCAGUCUGGCAGACCUCUCCCACAGAAGUUUCUUAAUCAUACGAGCAUUCCCAUGAGCGUGAGAAGCUUUAUUCACAUGACUGCAGUCAUCAGGAUUGGCCAAUAGUAACAUUUCUCUUCUCUUCAACGGUAGUUGAACAUCAACUCCAGACUUCAUUUGGAGUAGAGUUUCACUCCGUCUCCUGUAAUUUGAGAGGGUCACCGCUGAUCAGAGGGAAGCAAAGAGGGUUAUAGUCGCAUCAGUGAAUGCCAUUUUUGCCAGAGACCUCCGUAUGUUACAGCAAAGCAUUUGUGCAGCACCUUGCACAGAAGGGCCUUAACCCUCUCCAGGGUCUCUAGGCACUAUCACAGUUCAGGUGCUGGUGACAAUAAUAACUUCCAUUGAAGGAUUCACCGAGCCGAAGUAUAUCUAACAAGAUAUAAAUCUAACGUCCAUAGUACAUCUCUCAGGAUAUAAACCUAGCAAAACGUCCAUAACAUAAUAAAGGUAACUUUUGGAGCAGUUUAAUUUCCAUGAUGGUUAUGUUUACAUAUCUGUGAAGCAUUUGUUUUGUAUUGAACGGAAAGGAUAGGAGGAAGAAAAGGCCACAAAAGGGCCUUUCAUGGGGAAGUGUGGAAAGAGUUAAUUUGUUUAAGCUCAAAAGGCAAAAAACAAAGUAAUUGGAAUAACCGUUGUUAGCAUGUUGAAGAGAAGGGAUCUCAUGUGCCGUAGUGACAUACCAUGACAUGAUCGAACUCCUUUGGCUUAAUAAAUGUGUACAUGGAUGGUAACAAAA